AUGACGGCCACAUCAUUCUCGGACAUUUUCUCAGCGAUAACGGUUUUCGUCUUCAUCGGCCUAAUCGGCGCCGCGGGCUUCGUUGUCUCUCAGAAGAUACCGCAGUGGUCCGAGGAUGCAAAGGAGCAGCUCAAGGGGAAGAAUAUUGACAUCUCUAACAGUGGCGUUCGUGUUGGGAUUAAGGGCGUAUCGAACGAAGAGGAGCAGGACAAGUUGCAACGGGCAAUCGUGAGGACGAUGAGCAACUCGCAUGCGAAUCCAGUGGUAGCUGCUCCUGGUGCUCCACACGAUAAACACCGACACCACGUGAAGAGGUGGAAGAAUCAUGAAGGAAAGAUGGUUGAGGAGAGGGUACCUGUAGAUCCCCGGGAACCAUGA